GCUAGUGCAGGGGAAGCUGCUGCUCCUCCUGCUAUGGCUGUAGGGCCUAGAUAGGAGAGGGAGACACAAGGAUCCUUUAAAAGGAGCAUGACCCAAACACAGAGCGAGAAUGUCGGCAGCCUUUCUCUGUGUGUGUUUGUGUUCACUGUUUGUUCCCCACGCCCCAUGGUGUCUCCUCUCCAGGUUGGGGUGUGUGGUGGGGGGGUCGCUAUGUCGGAUGACGAUUCGAGGGCCAGCACCAGCUCCUCCUCAUCUUCAUCCUCCAACCAACAGACAGAGAAAGAGACAAGCACGCCUAAGAAGAAGGAAAGCAAAGUCAGCAUGAGUAAAAACUCUAAACUGCUAUCUACCAGUGCCAAGAGGAUUCAGAAGGAAUUGGCUGACAUCACCUUAGAUCCACCUCCCAACUGCAGCGCUGGGCCCAAAGGUGAUAACAUCUACGAAUGGAGAUCAACCAUUCUAGGACCUCCAGGUUCAGUCUAUGAGGGAGGUGUUUUCUUCCUUGACAUCACAUUUACACCAGAAUAUCCCUUCAAGCCUCCAAAGGUAACGUUCCGGACAAGGAUCUACCACUGUAACAUUAACAGCCAAGGCGUCAUCUGCCUGGACAUUUUAAAGGACAACUGGAGUCCAGCGUUAACCAUUUCUAAAGUUCUCCUCUCCAUCUGCUCCCUCCUCACAGACUGUAACCCCGCUGACCCUCUGGUUGGAAGCAUUGCCACUCAGUAUAUGACUAACAGAGCAGAGCAUGACAGAAUGGCCAGACAAUGGACCAAAAGAUACGCUACAUAAAUUGGAUUUUCGUCAAACUCUUACAUUAUUUGUCUGUGAUGGAAAGAGCUGCUUAUGAUUUUGAAGGGGUGGGGGGAGGGAGGGUGCUGGUAAAGAGUAGGGUAUUUCUAUAACAGAUUUUAUUCAGUCUUUUAUUUCUUAAGAUUUUGUUGUUGUAACUUAAGGUAUCUUGCUACAGUAGACAGCUAGGAUUUGGAAUAGCAUACUUUAAGACUGUAAUUAGUUCAGCAAUAUUAGCUCACAUAUAGUACCGAGAAGAAUGUAAACUUCUUAGACUUCUUUGGUUUUCAGUUUGCUUGCAAUAUGUAAAAGAUUAAAACAGCUUAAUUUUGUACAGGUACAUAGGUUGACAUUUAUGUAAAAGUCCUUUCAAGACUCUACACACUGUUUUUGCUUUGUGUUUGUUUGGGUUUGAGGGAUUUAUUUUGUUCUGGGUUGAGUUUCUUUUUUUUUUUCUUUUUUUUUCUUUUUUUUUGUAAAAAGAUGUUAAAGAUGUUGGGAUUGGUUUUUUUUCCCUAUGGAGGGCACAUUGGUAUUUAACAAAUCCUUUCUAAAGACUGUCAUCUCAUUAUCUGUGAUAUGGAGAGGUGGAUAUAUGGCCUCAUAUAUGAAAUGAGAAGUAGUUAAUGUAUUAUUUUAUAAGCCAAUCUAUCUUUGUGAAAAGAAUAAAGGGUUUAAUCAGGACUUACGGUAACCUGUAGUGAAAUACCUUAAGCUGUUUAACUGUAAGGUGUGGAAUAGGAGUCACUCAGUGGAUUGGUUGUAUGUUGUGGGCUACAUAAGUCUGCAUUUGUUACUGUGCUAAUAAAAAGAUGUUUAAAAAAAAGAAGAAGAAAAGA